CGCCCCGCAGCAGGGGCUCGCGCCGCCCGCCCGGCGCCACUACAGCGAGGCCGUGGCCGACCGCGAGGACGACCCCAACUUCUUCAAGAUGGUGGAGGGCUUCUUUGACCGCGGCGCCAGCAUCGUGGAGGACAAGCUGGUGGAGGACCUGAAGACCCGAGAGAGCGAGGAGCAGAAGCGGAACCGGGUGCGCGGCAUCCUGCGGAUCAUCAAGCCCUGCAACCAUGUUCUGAGCCUCUCCUUCCCCAUCCGGCGCGACAACGGCUCCUGGGAGGUCAUCGAGGGCUACCGGGCCCAGCACAGCCAGCACCGCACGCCCUGCAAAGGAGGUAUCCGUUACAGCACUGAUGUGAGUGUAGAUGAAGUAAAAGCUUUGGCUUCUCUGAUGACAUACAAGUGUGCAGUGGUUGAUGUGCCAUUUGGGGGUGCUAAAGCUGGUGUUAAGAUCAAUCCCAAAAGCUACACAGAUAGUGAAUUGGAAAGGAUCACCAGGAGAUUCACCAUGGAGCUAGCAAAAAAGGGUUUUAUUGGUCCAGGCAUUGAUGUGCCUGCCCCAGACAUGAGCACGGGCGAGCGGGAGAUGUCCUGGAUCGCUGACACCUAUGCCAGCACCAUAGGGCACUAUGAUAUUAAUGCACAUGCCUGCGUUACUGGCAAACCCAUCAGUCAAGGAGGCAUCCAUGGGCGCAUCUCUGCUACUGGUCGUGGUGUUUUCCAUGGGAUAGAAAACUUCAUCAAUGAAGCUUCUUACAUGAGCAUUUUAGGAAUGACACCAGGGUUUGGAGAUAAAACAUUUGUUGUUCAGGGGUUUGGUAAUGUAGGCCUCCACUCUAUGAGAUAUUUACAUCGCUUUGGUGCUAAAUGUGUUGGUGUUUCUGAAUCUGAUGGGAGCAUAUGGAAUCCAGAUGGUAUUGACCCAAAGGAACUAGAAGACUUCAAAUUGCAACAUGGAUCGAUUUUGGGCUUCCCAAAGGCAAAGAUCUAUGAAGGAAGCAUCUUGGAGGCUGACUGUGACAUACUGAUCCCUGCUGCCAGCGAGAAGCAGUUGACCAAAUCCAACGCACCCAGAGUCAAAGCCAAGAUCAUUGCUGAAGGUGCCAAUGGGCCAACAACUCCAGAAGCUGAUAAGAUUUUCCUGGAAAGGAACAUUAUGGUUAUUCCAGAUCUCUACUUGAAUGCUGGAGGAGUGACAGUAUCUUACUUUGAGUGGCUAAAGAAUCUAAAUCAUGUCAGCUACGGCCGUUUGACCUUCAAAUAUGAAAGGGAUUCUAACUACCACUUACUCAUGUCUGUUCAAGAGAGUUUAGAAAGAAAAUUUGGAAAGCAUGGUGGAACUAUUCCCAUUGUACCCACAGCAGAGUUCCAGGACAGGAUAUCGGGUGCAUCUGAGAAAGACAUCGUGCACUCUGGCUUAGCUUACACAAUGGAGCGUUCUGCCAGGCAAAUUAUGCGUACGGCCAUGAAGUAUAACCUGGGAUUGGACCUGAGAACAGCUGCCUAUGUCAAUGCCAUCGAGAAAGUCUUCAAAGUGUACAGUGAAGCCGGUGUGACCUUCACAUAGAUGGAUCUUGACUUCCUCAGUACUGUCUUCGCCUGUAACUUCUGCAGACCUAUCACAAGUUUACAUGUAACCACAGAGAUCUCGCUCUCAUGACUCGUUAGAUAUAGACACCAUUCUCAACAAGUCGGUCCAAAUCUGCCCCUUAAGAAGAAAGAAAUUAAGGUUAGAGAAUCAUGUACAAGCUGAUGAGUGUGAAAGUAGAAAUCACCUAUGCCAGAGAGCCAUUUGGGUAUUUUGCCUUUAAAUAAAAAGUCUCUUCCAAAUGGCUGUGCUACCUUGCUCCGUGGCUCGUCCCGGCACAGUCAGUGCUGUUGAGAGGGAAGGCACAUUCAUGAGCAGUCAGUCACUGCUGCUUUUGCUCCGGACAGAUCUGAGACAUGCUGGAACUUUGACACAUUUAGUAAUAGACGUGUGGCAUUUUCAGAAAGUGGCAAGAUCCACAAGUGAGUAAUUGGUAUUUUACAUCAGCAGAAUAACUCAAUUUUACAGGUUGCAAACAAAAAUAAAAGCCGUUUUUUCUUUAUACAUUUUAUUCUUUUGGAGUUAAAUAAGUACAUGCUGCUGUAUUAAAAUUGCCUUUAAUCACUUAACAAGCCUAACCUUGACUCAAGCAGUGAAUACCUAUAAACAUAAUGAAAAAAGCUAGUAUUUUUAUAACAUAAUACAGUAUCAUUUAUAGCUUCUCAGUCAUGUAUUGUUGUCCAGCAAAAAUAAAAAGCCUGAUGGAGAAUUAAGUUAUCUUCAUACCUGCAAAUGAUGGAGGCUAUUUUUGUUAAGACUGCCUGAAAUUUGCUAACUGUAAUUAUGACACAUAGUCCAAAGAAGCAGUAACCUCCUUAUCAUGUUAAUUAAUUCUUCUCUUUUGAAUAUCUAUUGUGUUGACUAAUUGAACAAUAAUUCAAGUAGAGUGUCCCAGAAAAAAACCCUCAGGCUCCCUGUUUGGAGUCUGUCUGCCUGAGUAUUGCCACUGGCCCUGACCUGGCCUGACUCCUCUUUCAGAGGCUUUACAUCCAGGCACCCAGCUUCCUUAACAGUAGGCUGGAAAACAACUAUGGGUUUGAGUGUUUUGUUUGGGAGUUAUUUGGCCAGGCCCUUUUGAACAGUAGUGUCCCAUGAAGUACUAGAUAUUAUUUAUGUAAGAAUGAGCUUUUUUUUUUUUUUUUUUAACAAUAAUACCCUUUCAAAAUUUCUAACUACUUUGUAACUGCAUGACUUUACCUGGUGAUAAAAGCAGUUAUUAAAAGUCUACCUUUUCCAAAG